AGAGUGCAAGUCUGCAGCCAGACCCUCUUGGUCUCUUUAGAGAUGGUUCCUUGUGAAGCUGAUGACGAUGGGCGCAUGUGUUGUCAUGUGACGUCACUCUGGCGGAGCGAGGACAGGCGUUGUUCUCGGCGCAGGAGGCUGAAGCGGGUCGAGAUCAGGAACACUCAGCUACAGGCCGAUAUGAGACAGUGAGAGCACAGCAGAAGCAGAACCGGGAUCAUCUGCGAUCACCAUGACGACACAGCCUUAGUGCUCAGCAUCCGCAUCCUCAGCAUCAUCAUCCGCGGCUCAGGUGCGCCGUCAGUGCGUCAGGCAGGAUGCAGUUCAAAGAGCUGGUGGACACCGCCGAGAAAUGGUGCUCCGGGAACCCGUUCGACCUGAUCUUCGCCGAGGACGUGGACGAGAGGCGGCUGGACUUCUACGCCGAGCCCGGGAUCUCGUUCUACGUGCUCUGCCCGGACAAUCUCACCGGGGGAACCGAGAAUUUUCAUGUGUGGAGUGAGAGCGAGGACUGUCUGCCGUUCCUGCAGCUGGCGCAGGACUACAUCUCCUCCUGCGGGAAGAAAACACUGCUAGAGGUGCUGGACAAAGUCUUCAGAGCCUUCAGGCCUCUCCUGGGUCUUCCAGAUAUUGAUGAUGAUGCAUUCGAUCAGUAUCACGCAGACGUGGAGGAGGAACCAGAGCCAGACCACCAGCAGAUGGGUGUGAGCCAGCAAUAAUGCCCAGCAGAGAGGCUCUGCGCUGGGCUACAGUCUCUGCAUCGAGCCCUGCUCUCCUAAACUUACCCACCUGGCUCUUCUUCUUAUAGGAUACACACAACACACACACUGCAUCAUUACACCCUUUCAGAUCUGGACAGCUUUUCCUGAACCCUCAUUUUAACUCAAGUGAUCAUUAUUUUGAUCAAUAUUAUUUCUCAUUAACCUCUCAUCACAUUUAAGCAGAGACAAAACAAAUAUCUCAUUCCCAACUUUCAUUGUAUUUUUUUUUAUUAAUUAUCUGGAGGCAAUAGAUUAGAAACUUACAUUCAGAAUGUAACACCAGUGUACUGCAUACUGCUGCAAUGUCACUUGACCUCAUUAUGUUGCAUGUUUAAUUCAGUGUCACACAGUUGUCAGAAUUACUGUAGGAUGUCGUAGGAUGUAUUUGCAUCCAAAUUUGUGGUAAAAUAAAUGUGUAAAAGUUG